AUGAGUGUGCCAAGAUUUUGGACGAUAGCAAGUGCCACAGGUAGCAGCAGCAGCAGCAGCAGCAAAAUGCACCUGUCACAGGUCUCUCCAAAGAUCCUGCAACACUCAAAUGAAGCCAGCUCUUCCAGCAGAGUUACAGAAGUCAUGGUGGUCUCUCCAAAGAUCCUGCAACACUCAAUUGAAGCCAGCUCUUCCAGCAGAGUCACAGAAGUAAUGGUGGUCUCUCUAAAGAGCUCCCAACCCUCAUAUGAAGCCAACUCUUCCUGGAGAGUCCCAGAAGUCAUGGCGCUCUCUUUUACCAGCACAGACAAUGAGGCCUAUGAGGCACCGGCAUUUGAGGAGGUGGUGACUACUGGCUACAUAUCGGGACCAACCAUCUGGACCAUCACAUCCAGUCCAGGGACAAUGCCAGUGGAGCCCCCUCCGUACAGCGUGGUCAUUGAGCCUCCUGCCCACGGAGAGACUGUGGUCGAGGCGUUCAGUGUCUCGGUGGCACCAGGCCCACGGCGUGCCUCGGAGGCAGAUCUGCAGUCCAGGUUCCGCCUCAGGUUGCUCAGGCCGCCGAAACUGCAGCGAUUUGUCUCGGAUACCCAUGAACUCAAAGGUGUUGAAGAGCGGGCAGAACGCCCGGAGCCCCUCACCCCCCCUCCUGCCUAUGAGAACGCAACGGUGGAGGAGAUCUUUGAAGAAGAAUUUGAGCCCUCCAGGCUAUGAGAACGGGGCACCGUGGACACUUUUUCGUCAGACUUUUUUCAGUGGCUGUCCUGUUGCAAUCCAUAGGGUAUGAGAAACAUGGCCUGUGUGCAGGAUGUUAGCUGCUGUACCUGCUUUUUAAGAACUCUCCUGAGAAAUGUGCACAUACAGGUCUGAAUUUCUCAUGGAAAAUACAAAUAUACAGUAUAUA